UGAUCGUCUCGCCUGAAGUUACCGAAGCUUCACCUGCAGAGUCAAAAUGGAGGAUCGGAAAACUGAAGACGCGUCGACAUCUUCAGCAACCAGCGAGGAGUCUGAAGAGAGUCACCGGCCUCCAGAAAGAACAUCUAGUAUGAGGAGCAGCCAUGAGGGAUCAUCAACAUCUUCAUCAACCAGCGAGGAGUCUGCAGAGAGUCACCGGUCCAUACCGCCUCCAAAAAGAGUCAGCUUGAGGAGGAGGGCCCCCCCCCCGCCGAUAGAAUCAACAUCUUCAUCAACCAGCGAGGAGUCUGCAGCGAGUCACCGGUCCAAUUAUCAUCCUCCACUCUUCAGCACAAGGCCUCCAGAAAGAAAGAGCAGGUCUCCAGCAGGAGGAUCCCCCCUUAUGAUCCACAUCCUGGUCCAGGUUUCUUCCCCCCCUUAUGAUCCAGGUCCUGGUCCAGGUGUCUAUCCUCUUACAGGGGAGUUUAUCCAUGCCACUGUUUGGCUUAAGGUUUUACUCCAACUAGGAUCGAAGAAGAGGACAAGGCCUGAUGGAGCAACAACAUCUUCAUCAACCAGCGAGGAGUCUGCAGAGAGUCACCGGUCCAAUGAUCUUCCUCCAAACUUCAGUACGAAUACAGGGCCUCCAGAAAGAAGAUCGAAGAAGAGGAGAAGGCCUGAUGGAGCAACAACACCUUCAUCAACCAGCGAGGCGUCUGCAGAGAGUCACCGGUCCAAUGAUCUUCCUCCAAACUUCAGCACGAAUACAGGGCCUCCAGAAAGAAGACUGCUGCCCCCGCGACCCGGUUCCGAUAUAAGCGGAAGAAAAUGCAUGGAUGGAUGGACGGACGGACGCCUCCCUAGGGAGGUGUUCCAGGCAUGUCCCACCGGGAGGAGACCCCGGGGAAGACCCAGGAAACGCUGGAGAGACUAUGUCUCUCUGCUGGCCUGGGAACGUCUUGGACUCCUCUGGAAGAGAUGGAGGAAGAGCUGGAGGAAGAGAUGGAGGAAGAGCUGGAGGAAGAGCUGGAGGAAGAGCUGGAGGAAGAGCUGGAAGAAGAGCUGGAAGAAGAGCUGGAAGAAGAGCUGGAAGAAGAGCUGGAAGAAGAGCUGGAAGAAGAGCUGGAAGAAGAGCUGGAAGAAGAGCUGGAAGAAGAGCUGGAAGAAGAGCUGGAGGAAAUGUUUGGGGGGAAGGAAGUCUGGGCAUUUCUGUUGAGACUGCUGCCCCCGCGACCCGGUUCCGAAAUAAGCGGAAGAAAAUGGAUGGAUAGAUGCUUUUAUUCCUGCUCUCGGUAAAGGCGGACGCUUUUUCUGCUCCCUUAGAGCCUCUCUUUUCACAUCUUCAAAAACUUUUUGCAAUCAUGGAAUUGGUUAACUGGUCUCUCAGUGCAAUUGACCACAUUUUCUCGACGAGAAGUCAGGGGACAAGGGAGCCCUCCUGACCCGAUGGGACAUUUUUUGCCGGAUACAUGGACCCCUUGAAGAUGUGGAGGAUCGUGUGUCUGUCGAUUCUGUCCAUCGAGGAUGUUGAAGAUGCCUUCAUAAUUGGAUUAAUGAUAACAGGAUUUCUGCUUUUUGGAGCUCGCGGAAAUCUGGCAUAUCGACUAAUGCGUAAAUUGUCGACAGCUGUUCUGGCCCUUUCAGAGCUGCCGGACGUGGCUAAAGGGAUAAACUCUGCGACCAACACUCAGACUCCAACGCUGGGAGCUAAAUUGCAGGCUAGCUGCGGUUUUUGAACUCAUUGGCAAGAUGGAAAAGACCUUGGAGAAGUUGGAAGCUCGGCUUGGCGGGAAUUGAUCACAAAUUCGUCUGUUUGGAGCCGCCAUUGAUGAACCAGAGACUGAAGGCAGACGUAAAAUUACUGGAGUCUGCCUGUCCUCAAUGCAAUUGUUGAUUCUAUAUCUCAGGGGUUCCCAACCUUUUUUGUGCCGAGGACCAGCAGAAGUAUAAACAAAAAGCUCAGGGACCGGUUGACAAUUUAUGUCAAUUUUAAUAAACAUUUUAGAAAAAAACAAUGCAUUUUAAAAUGCAGGCUAUCAUUGUUUUACUAACUUUACAAUGGUUUCAGGUGCAUAUAUUUAUCCACCAAAAGGUGGCGACUCAUUUUACGAAAAUAACAGCCUAUUUCAAUUGCCAGACCGCUGCGACACUUUGCCAGCUGCUUUUUCCCCCAAAAGUUCGAGGCAGAUGUCUUUUGCAGCGGGCAGUAUUAGCUCCUCUCCAAUUGUAAAGGGCUUUUUAGCUUUUGCAAUCCGGUGAGCAACGAGAUAUGAAGCCCUCGUUGCAGCGACGUUAGCUGAUGUUGUGGCCUUUAAAACUUGCUUCUGCAAAUCUAACUCACGUUUUUUCCUUUCGAAAAAAUCCACUGGUUUGUCUUUGAGAGAAGGAUGUUUUGUAUUUAAGUGUCUUUGAAGCUUGGAUGGCUUCAUUGCUUUGUUGCUGAGCGUUUCUCCACAUAAAAUACAUAGUGGGUUUGGCGCCUCCAAAUCACCAAUUGCAACAAAUCCAUAUUUGAUAUACAUAAUGUCGUACUUGCGAUUAAAGCUUUUGCUUUACUUUUUGGUAGGAUUUUCCACUUGUUCAUCACUAUUUCUUUUACUCGAACAACCAGUAAAGAAACGGCUCAUGGAGGUUUGCUGAGGUCCGCUCAUCUCUGCAGCUGACUGUACCUAACCUGCAUACAGCACCUGUGCAUGGCGCUGUUCAGUCCGGUCGGGUACCAGAACUUAUUGUCCGCCAAGCCAUGACAGGGCUGCCACUCAAAGAAACACGUUUCGAUUUAUACAAGUUUUGGAUGAAAUUAUAUGACAAAAAAAUGCUUCAGGUGAAGAAUAUGGUGUAAAAGUUAACUUAUUUCAAUAAUUCAACUAGAAUAUGGUGUAAAAGUUAACUUAUUUCAAUAAUUCAACUAGA